CCGGCGUUGCUGUUCUCGGUGCGUUCUCAGAUCAGUCUCGCUCUGGCCUCCGUCUUGUGUUCUUACGAAAACGUGCUCUCUAUUCAACAACCCUGGAGUUCGUCUCGAACAUCCCCAAAGUUUGUCCACUCAAACUGGUGACCAGGAACCUGACUGGUCAAAUGCAGUCGCGCCGAAAGUUCCGGGUAACGUCGCCCUUGCCGACGUCUUCGCAAAUCUCCACGCGGUUGUCAUCUUGGAAAAAGAAGAAACUCGGUAGCUGUCACAUGUUGGCUGAAUUUUCUUGAAAGAGUUCUGUGAUCCGAGGAUUAUGAAUUCUUCUACAAGUGCGCGAGUGCUGGGAUUCGAGAAGUGUCAGUUGUCAGUGUUGAAGUGUUGUUGAGAAAUCCAGAAUUGACAAUUGUUGGGUAACACCUUAGUCCUAAACAGCCAGCCUUAAGAAUUGACAAUCUUUGGUAACCCUUAGCUGAUCAUUGGGAGACUUUAAAAACCACUCGGAGAAUUGUUGAGUGACAGUCAACUGGAAUCAUAGUGUUUGUCAUCCCAGCCAUCUUGAACACUCCAAAGUUCAAGAGAGGAAUAUCCAGAAGAAGAAAUCAAUCAUCGAGUGAAAUUAAACCAGCUACGAUGCAUCUGGAGGAAAGUGUGAACGACGAAAGGGCAGGUACGAUGCAGCCAAAUGACUACCAUCAUCAUCAUUCCUCUUAUCGUCCCAAUCAUCAUCAUCCUCGCCAUCGUCCGAUGGAACACCGAAGUUUGCAAAUCGGAGAACCCAGAUUCCCUAGGCACGGGUCGGCGAUGCUCUCGCCAGCGAGGGAGCGCUUUCCGUCGUCGAGUAGUACUGAUGACGAUCAAAGCGGAUCCGACGCAGAUCAAGAUUCCUCGGCGAUCCGUGGCAAAGGCCAUUCUGGAAUUUUGCACCAUUCAGGAACGCAUUCUGUGCGAAAACGCAGGGGAAAUUUACCCAAACACUCUGUUAAAAUCCUGAAAAGAUGGCUUUAUGAUCAUAGAUAUAAUGCCUACCCCAGUGAUAGUGAGAAACUGACCCUUAGUCAGGAAGCUAACCUCACUGUAUUGCAGGUGUGCAAUUGGUUUAUAAACGCCAGGAGACGCAUUCUGCCGGAGAUGAUUCGAAGAGAAGGUCAUGAUCCUCUUCAGUACACAAUAUCUAGACGGGGCAAGAAAAUGCCUGGAGGAAGCCAUCCUCAGGGAUCGAGCCUUAGUCCGACCGAAACUCCCGAAUGGGAUCCACUCGCUGGGAUGAGUGCUCCCAAAAGGAAAAGGGAUGAAUAUGAAGAUGGAGCCGGUCUCAUGUAUCGAAGCGAAGAAGAUAGUCCAAAUGACUAUGAAAGCAGUUCCCACAGCGAAGAGGAACGAUCAGCAUCACAAUGGCCGAGUGUAAUUGUCUAUCCAUAUUCAGAAACCAAAGUAGAGCAGAAUAAUCAACCGAUUUACGCUGAAACAAUUGCCCAUCCUGCCCGCCGAGGGGAUGAGGACGAAUCGACUGUGAGCGAGGCCGCCUACUGGAGUGCUCCUAGACAGCAUCUCGCAGCGACCCCGGACGUACAGCAGGAGACCGAGGUCUAUAGCACGCCCGAUUCCUGUAGUUCUCACAGCGACGAAACGCCGCCUCCGACGCCUCCCGAGGAAGACAAGGACAAGUUCAAGUGUCUCUAUCUUCUCGUUGAGGCCGCGGUCGCUAUCCGGCAGCAAGAGAAGGAGCGCGAGGGAACUGUGGUUUAACGAUCGCGGUUCGAUAUUCGAUAUACACUCGAAACAAUCCCUCUAAACUCGAGCAGGAGCGACGAAUGAAUACCAAAAAUUCUCAACUACUCUCGCAGCGCGCAACGCUUCUUCGCGCUUAUUUUUUCCCACCGCCGCCGCCGCCGCCGCAUUUUUGUCGCUAAACCACUCGCCGCUCCAUCGCUCGCGUGCCGAGGACUCUUUCCUAGAAAACUUUUAAGACACGAACGCAUCAAAGCAAAAUGCGAGAGAGAGAGAGAGAGUGUGUCCGUGGAAACGAGUAGUCGUUUCCCGUCGAGUCCCGAUCGCAGUUUUCAAAUGAAAGCUUCGAUCGCGAUGCGAUGUACUGUGAUUAUUUUACGCAUCAGUCUACCCGCUAUUAUUAUUAUUAUUAUUAAUUGUUUUUCGUUACGCGCAGCCACUACCUUGACGCGAAUUUGCGCAUUUCAUCCUGCUCGAGGAAGCGAAAUCGUAUUCGUCAAGCUGUCGUCGCCAGGAUCAUAACUAGGAACUGCUCGAUGUGCCGAGAAGAAGUCCAUUUAUUUAAAUCAACUACUAGUAGCCAAACCCUGCCAAACCUGUGCAGAACUCAUGCUGAAAUUUCUCUCGCAAGUUUUUGUACAAAUUUUCGUACAAAUUUUUGUAUUUGACACGUCCGAAUAAUAAUUAUUGUGAAAGAAUAUAGGCAUUCUGAUUCUAAUUCUAAUUGUAGUUAAUUGUGUACGCCUCAGGCGUGCUGAUACAAUGUGGAAACCAUUUUUUUUCUUUCUCGAUAUUUGAGAUAUCGAUAUUUCGAUAUAUCGAUAUAUUGACGAUAUCACAUCACUGAGUCCGGUAGCGAUCACAAAUGUGCCUUUGCGACAGUCAAUUAUGAACAACUUUAAUCUUAAGCGAUUUCGAGUCUCUGAUUUGUUUGAUUCGAGGAUUUUUAUAAGGUGCAACGAGCAUUCUCCUAAAUUAACGCGACUUUUGUUGUGGACUCUCGCUGCUGGCGUGAAAUCUUGCCCAGUUUUACUCGAGCUUCGUUUCUGUUUUGCCUCGUAAGUUUGGUGGUUUUCCUUUUCCUUGGUCUUCCGCCGCAGAGCAAUUCUUCCCUCUUUGGUGGUUAAGGGAUUCUCACAUUUGCCGUGAAGCAUUUAAAUGAAUGAAAAACCAGAUAAUAAUGUUGUCCGUUGUAUAGCAAAAGAUUUAUAUCGUAAAAUGAUCGGUACAAACGCCAAAGACUUACUUAAUUAUUAAUAACCCUUGAUCUAAGGUCGACAUUAAAUUAGUAUAAGAGUGAAAGAUUAAAAGGAAAAACGAUGAAUAAGAGUGUCUGUCUUUUACGUGUGAUUGGUCCCGUUUUUUACAUAAUAAUAAUAAUAGUAAAAAUAAUAAUAAUACGCAACGAUUGACAAGAAUACCAACUGCGCGGAAUUUCAUUCAGCAAAGUUCAUCGAAUGUACAAAUUGAAAACUUAUUUUAGUAUACAGCUUGAUCUUAGAAUUAAAUUCGUAGUUUAUAAGGUAGAGUUUUCUUUUAUGAUGAUAUAGUUCGUGUGUGUGUGACAUAUUCCUGAUGGAUCGAGUCGCAGAUCUUUUCAAGCAACAAAAGAAAUGAAGCGGUAAGGAGAGAAAAUUAAGGAUAGAGAAAUAAAUACCGAAGCUCGUAACCCCAUGAUCUCAAAUUGUCAAUAACUCAGUCCAAAAUCACUUCUGCCCGGGAAAAAUCUACUGAAUACUGGAAAAACCAAUUCGAGCUUCGGUUAACAAAUUGGAAGAAAACUCCACAGAUUCCAAACUUCACGUGAGUCACUAUUUUUUUUUUUUAAAUAUUUGACGCGGAACACUUAAAUUAUGGAGUUGAAGAUCAAAGUCGAGAACCGGUGCAAAGAAUAUAUUACUCCUACCUAUUUUCAAUUUGAUUUUUAAUUUCCCUAAUUUUUAUACGAGUAUUAUAAAAACUUUCAGCUUUAUAAAAAUAAUUGUUUAUGAAAACAAUCAGUUUUGGGGAAAACAUUACCAAAAGGGGUUUAAAGGCUUUCAAAACUAUUUUUCGAAAAUUUUACUUUUGAUUACCCUUCUCGUCUAGAAAUAUCUAUGACAAAAAUAUAGAGGACUUCUUCCUGUCGGUUCUUGAGGAGAGUAAAGUUUCUCAUCGAAAAGAGCUACGUUCUUCCACUGAAGCGAGCGCACUCUGUAAAUAGUAAAAGAGCGAUAUAUCUUGGCUGAGAAACAGUGAACGUUCGUAGAAGUUAAAUUUUUUUUUUCGCGAGUGCAGAAUAUUUUCUUAUAGCAAGGUGUCGCUGGUAAUGUUAGGCUGUUGAUUAUUGGCUGAGAAUUUAAAACAACACUGUUAACUAUUGGUAAUAUCGUAACCUGUUAAGAUAGAGUGCUCUUUAUUAGAAUUAUUGUACAUAGAAAGGAGAAAGAGCAACGAAUCGAGAUAUCGAAGUUGAUCGAUUUGAGCUAUUUAUCACGAAGAACUCGGUAUUUACCAACAAAUUUUUUAAUCGAGAUAUUUCGAUAUAAAAAUUUGUGUAUCAAGAAUAUCGAGAUUUAUCGAUAUCGGUAUGAAGAUCGAGAUACGAAGUUACCUAAAAAAAAUGAAAAAAAGAGUUGGAAAGCUGGAGAAGAAUUUUAAGUCUUCUUGAAAUCAACCAGUUCUCACUGCCACAUUAAGCUCCGAAGUGUUUUUUUGUUUAUAAAAACGCCACAGGUCUUGUACAUUUUUAAAAAGCAGCAGGGUUGCCGGCUUCUAUAUUACUUUACUAUUACUCCCUUUUUGUACGAUAAAUCGACAAACACUGUAUAUAUUGGUAAUGUGCCAGAAAUUAGAGUAAAGCGUGCCCGAUCGCACCUAGAGUCGCUAAAAUGUCGAUACUUACGAUAUCCAAUAUAUUGGGCAUCAAAAUAUCAAUAUUGGUGUAAAAGAAAAUCGAUAUUUUUUUAUAUCGAUAUUACAUCACUAUUGCAGGAAUAUCGUUUAUCAAUAUCAGUAGAGAAGAACAGACCUUUGCUAAAAAGUAGAUCACAAUGGGUGCCUUCUCAAAGAUAGAAAACAAAAAAAAAACAAAAACUACUUCUCGUAGUUUCUUAAACUCCCGACUGCUUCCCGACCACCGGGAAGUCUCCCCAGUAAAUUUUACUAUUGUCAUUGUAAUAAUAAUACAGGUUUCAUGCUCAAAAGGGAACCAGUCGCGAGCCUAGGUUUAGGUCUCGAUCGAUAAACGAGCACGCAUUUUUAUAUGUUUAUUGUAAUUAAUAGAUUGAUAAUCUCAGGGUCGAUUUUAUUAUUUGUUUUCGAUAUUAAGAAAAGAAAAUUAUUAUAAUGGUGUAUUUUGAAGAAAAUCAUGCGAUGUUUUAUUUAUAUGAUAAAUACGUCUAAUUGCUCAAAAUGCGUGCUCGUUUCGAGAAAAAUUGUACGUAAGAACGUCAAUGCUCUUCUCAACACCGAUUUUUUUUUUAACUGGUUUUUUUUGUAACCAAAUUAAUACAAUAUGAUGAAGCACAAUCUCGAUUUAAUGGAACAAGCAAGAAAUUAUUUUUGUAAAGGAGCGAUUUUGAAAUUUGAAUAAGCAUUUUUGAAACGACGAUCCAGAAUUUCGGGAAGGAAUCUUUCCUUCGAUUCACCUUGUGAUGAACAAACUGCGAUACGAAAACUUUAGAUUUCCAUUAGAGUUUACAGAUUAUUAUUAUAUUGUUGAUUACCCUGUUAUGAUUUCGAAGGAAAGAGGAAUUUUUUUUAUUCACUCCAAUCGUCGCCCAAGGCACUUUUUUUUAUUUUAAUUAUGCAAAGUAAUUAAAAUUGUAAACGAAAAAACGAUGUGUUACGUUAAUGCGAAAUAUAUAUAUAUAUAUAUAUUUUUUUUUUCCCAUGAAGAUUCUGCGCUCAGAUUGUUUCUUUCGUUUAGUACUUAAUUCAAUUACAGUUUUAUUUUUUAUUAAGCGAAUAAAUUGAAGUGUUGAGACAAGGUUUCCUGUUUUUUUCUUCGUGAAGACGAAAUUUUGUUUUUCCAUUUCUAGAAAGUUUGUAUUUCUAUUUUCUUAGUUGGUAAGUUUUGGAUAAGGGAGACGUGUACAUAGAGAUUUGAAAUUUUGCUCCUGCUACGGUUGAUUAGCCCAUAAUUCUGAUAAAUGUAUCGUUAGUUUACUGGUUAAGUAUUUGUAAGUUGAGAAACAUGUACAGGUGCCAUAAAAAGAUAACAUACGAUCUUAUGUUAAUGCCUACUAUUAGUUGAUGCGUUAAAGACUCAUUCUUUCGGUAAUAGUACACAUUUUGUUUUUUUCUUUUUUUUUCUCUCAAUUUGUACACGAUUUGUUGUAACGAAUCAGCGAAUUCUGACUCAAUGGCGAGAGCAUAUUCUAGAAAUUGUCGCGUUCUUUUGCUGCUAAGUUGGAUGUGAGUUUCAUUUCGCGUUAAAAAUGUAUGAACAUUCAACUCGAGGUGCGAAUUUGUUAGCGGAUUUUAUCAACUUAACGGUACGUGUGUCAUUGCGUCAGGAGUUCGCUGGCAUUAACCAUAAAUUAGGAUUAAUCGUAUUGUAUUAAACUAUUAUUCGAUUCGCAGAUUUACAAUAAAAGUAUGUUGUGAAUUUUAUAUAA